AUGGCCAAAAGAAUCGCUGAGAAGGAAUUGACGGAUAGGAAUUGGGAUCAAGAAGAUGAAGCUGAAGAGGUGGGAACAUUCUCAGUGGCCAGUGAGGAAGUCUUGAAGAAUAGAGCCAUAAAAAAAGCAAAACGUAGAAAUGUUGGCUUUGAAUCUGAUAGUGGUGGAGCUUUUAAGGGUUUUAAAGGUUUGGUCGCGCCUUCUGGAGGAGGAGGAGGAUUUUCGGGAUUCGGGAACGUGGCAGGAGUGAAGCCGUUGGGACUGUCCAAUGGGAGCAGCACCCCCAGCACCCCUGUCUUGAGCAGUACACAGGCAGCAGCAGAGACCAAGGCCGCCUUCAGUUCUCUUACUGCCAACGGCCCCACCUCUUUGGGUGAGAAAAAGAUUUCAAAUCCUAAAACGAAUGGUAACAGUCCACAGCCCUCUUCCAGCUUGUCCACGCAUGCAGCGUGCCAGGGGAGUGCCUAUCACAAGCAGUUGGCAGCCUUAAACUGCUCCGUGCGUGACUGGAUCACAAAGCACGUGAACACAAACCCGCUGUGUGACCUGACCCCCAUCUUCCAGGACUACGGGAGGUAUCUAGCGGACAUUGAACAGCACCAUGGGGACGGCGGCGGUGGCAGUAGCAACAGCAGUUCUGAAAGUGAAAUCAGCAAGAUGCCUGUUGAGGCGCAGACUCCUUCGCUGUUUGGGUCAACAAAAUUACAGCAAGAAUCAACGUUUUUGUUCGCUGGCAACAAACCCGAGGCAUCGUCUGAGAAGACCACAGAAGCCUUGUCUGAGAAGAAGACGGCAGAAGCGUCCCCAGGAGUGCCCCCUGCCUCCUCGUUCACCUUUGGCAAGAAAGUUGACAGCGCCGUGUUGAGCUCCCUGAGCUCCGGGCCCCUGACUGGAUUUUCUUUCUCCCCUGGAAACACCAGUUUGUUUGGCAAAGAUACGGCCCAGAGCAAGCCGGGCUCUUCACCAUUUGCCCCCAAAGCUCUGGAGAGCCAAGCAGAAGGCGGCGGCAGCGAGUGCAAAGGUGGAGACGAAGAAGAAAGUGACGAGCCCCCCAAAGCAGUUGUCACUGAAGUAAAGGAAGAUGACGCUUUUUACUCCAAAAAGUGCAAACUAUUUUACAAGAAAGACAAUGAAUUUAAAGAGAAGGGUGUUGGUACUCUACAUCUGAAACCCACAGCAAAUCAGAAGACACAGCUGCUAGUACGGGCAGACACCAACUUAGGCAACAUACUGCUGAAUGUUCUGAUUCCACCCAAUAUGCCAUGCUCCCGGACCGGAAAGAACAACGUACUUAUUGUAUGUGUUCCAAAUCCGCCCAUCGAUGAGAAGAAUGCCUCCACCCCCGCUACCAUGUUGAUCCGGGUCAAAACCAGUGAGGAUGCCAACGAGCUGCACAAGAUUCUGCUGGAGAGGAAGGAGGCCUGA